AUGCUAUUCUAUAGUCAGUUGGUUUUCGGUCUUUGGUAGUAUGCUUUCCUCGCUUUGGUCCGCGGUUCAUAACCUCACAAUUCAAAUUCCCGCUUGAACAUUACGUAACUAUUCGAGAUCAUUGUGGAUUUUUUUGCCGGACGACUUUCCCGCCAAAAUGAUGUUCGAAAUUUUUUGCAUUUGUGAAAGAGUGACACGCGUCUGCGCCAGUUGGUUUCGUGGCUUGGCUUCUUGAACUCUAUGACCAGUUGGUUGGAAAUUCUAGGAUUAGAUAAAUUUCACGUGCACAGGGUCAUAUUGGAGACGUUCCUUUUGAAAGUGCUGUAAGUUGGAUGAAAAAUCAUUUUUCUGGAGCUACCCCUUGGUAUCCCGCACUGAGGCAGUCCAGGUAUAGUGAAGAUGGUAUUAUGGACCAGGAUAUAGAAGGAGAUGGUGCUAUCAAUCUUUCAACGUCUCAAAGACCUUCAGCAUCUACAACGCCAAAUGAAAGUGUCCAUCAGGAAGAUAUGGAACAGCAAGCAGCAUCGUUAGAGAAAGUUCUCAAAGAACAACAGCAACACCAACAGCUAGAACUUGAACGAAGUUGGGACCAAGAAAGAGACUUCAAGGGUAAUGGCAACAGCACUCCCACGUCAGAAUCAAGGUUGCAAGAGACCACCCCAUCACCAUCAUCAGAAACACAGAAAAAUUUCAAUGCGGCAGUGCCCCCAAUAUCACAGACACAGACCCCUAUACCCAACCCGCAAAUUAUGAAUGCACCAAGCUCCAAUUUACAUCAUAUUCUACAACAACACGUUCUCAGCCCUUCACAGUUACAGAAUUUGAUGAAGCAGCAUACGAUUCUGCAACAGCAGCAACAUCAGCAGCACCAAUUAGUAGAACUUGGAAAGAAACAAAUCGAACAGACUAUCCAACAGUUGCAGGAACAACUCCAAUUGAAUCUCAUCCAGCAAACACAUAUCCUUCAGAGUCCGGAUAAGAAGAAAGCAUCAACAUCUCUGCAGCAACUUGGAUUGCAACAGCAACAAAUAAUCCAACAGCUGCAGCUCAUGCAGAGACAGUAUGUUGGCUAUCAAGGCAUAGGCAUGCAACCACUCAUUGUGACACCUGGUCAAGGUCUUAAUGCCAGAGAUGUGUCGAAUCAUUGGAAGGACCUUGGUGAACCUCAUCAUCUUUCAAAUAAGACUCCAUCUGAUAUAAAUGUGUUUUUCACAGAUAAUUCACCAGGUUUGUUAGGGGUUGCCUCUAACAGAAUAAAACGGGAAGAUCUAUCAGAAGAUAAACCAGAUAGAACAGCAACACCAGAUCGUGUUCAUCAUCUGUAUGGUCACGGGGUAUGCAAAUGGCCUGGUUGUGAAGCUAUAUGUGAAGACUUACAACUGUUUAUCAAACACUUGAACACAGAGCACAACUUGGACGAUAGGUCGACUGCUCAAGCUCGAGUCCAAAUGCAGGUAGUUUCACAGUUGGAACUCCAGCUCCAAAAGGAGAGGGAUAGACUGACUGCGAUGAUGCAGCACUUGCACCUGUCAAAACAACUGGGAGCUAUGGAUUCACUCAAAGAAGGUUCUGGUCAGCUCACUCCAAAACUCUCAGUUGGCUCCACGACUCCUCAACCUCCAGUCUCAAUCAACCACAUGGUAUCAGCUAUCAGAUCUCCAGUUCUACAUGCAGCUUCGCCUCAGAUGGGAGGACCAAUAAGGAGGAGAUUAAGUGAUAAGUCAGCACUGUCUUUGGCUGGUGGCUUACCUUACAUGUUGGAGAGAGCCGGAUUAGAUGUUCAACAAGAGAUUCAGAGGAAUAGGGAAUUUUACAAAAAUGCUGACGUGAGACCACCUUUUACUUAUGCCUCUCUCAUUAGACAGUCCAUUAUAGAGUCGCCAGAUAAACAGUUGACGCUCAACGAAAUCUACAAUUGGUUCCAAAAUACAUUCUGUUAUUUCAGAAGGAAUGCAGCUACGUGGAAGAAUGCGAUUCGCACCAAUCUGUCACUCCACAAGUGUUUUGUGCGUUAUGAAGACGACUUUGGGUCAUUCUGGAUGGUCGACGACGCCGAAUUCGUCAAGCGGCGCCACUUGUCACGUGGCAGGCCGCGGAAAUAUGACCCAACCCCGUCACCCACUCCACCCUACUUUGCACAGGGUGUUUCGAAAAGUCCUACUUCAAACCACAGCCCGACGUUAUAUGGAGAUCAUUUAUCUUCGAAUAUUCAGGCUUCACUCAUAGAUGAGAAUAAUUUUGCAUUUAUGACUGGGACACCAUCUAUAAUGAAUAGACCAAGAGAUAGAUCAGAAUCACCAGCAAUGGAUUCACAUUUGAGGUCUCCAUUGAAUGGAGGACUUCACGUUAAACAGGAGGGUAUGAUGAGCCACGAGCAUCAUAUACUCAGGGAACCUGACCAAAUCCACCAUCUCAUUAAGAGGGAGGUACAUUCAGAUCAGGAGGAUGUGAAACGAGAACAGCCUUCAGAAAACAUGGCCGAAGAUCUGAGUGUGUCAACUGAGCAGAAUUUGAACGCUAUGGAAGCGUAGUGCGAGAAUUCAAGUUUUUUGUGAAACAUCUAUCGAGAAGACAUAAGAAUGACGGUAUUGAAGUAUUUUAAACCACGUGAGAAACACGUCGAAAAGAAAUUCUGACAAAUUUACUGCACUACAAUGAAUGAUGCUGGUACCCAAGAUAGCACAUAUUAUGCUAGUGUAGACUGAAUGUAUUACUCGAAAGUUAUAGUAUAAUUCAACGAAAAAAAUAAUCGUUAUCGCUGUCUUUUUCAGAAAAAAAAUUAUUCUCGAUCACUUGAGCAUUCAUUAUUAACAAAAAUAACAUUAAAAAUAUCUUCUUUGGUUAAAAUAGUUUUAGAUCCCAUCUUGGUUCUCUAUAGUUUAGAGAGAGAGAGAGAGAAAAAAAGAAAAAUAGAAACGGAAUUUUGCGAUAAUUGUUAGUUAAAAAUUCUUGCAAUUUCAGUUCCAAUGUUGAGUAUAUGUCUAUGGUGAUUUUUAGACACCUGGACAAAAUAAUUCUUGUUUUUUGGAAUAUUGACCAAUAUGUUCAGCAAAUUCAUCAACUUCUUUGAAACAACAAUUGGAGCAAAUUUCGAAUAGGUUCGAUGUUUUUCAUAUUCGAUUAUAAAUUAAAUGUAUAUAACUCUUAGACAUAUCAAUUUUAAAGAUCAACAUUGAAUCCAAAUGGUUCAGAAUUCCAGAAUUAUACAAAUUUAUUUUUCAAUAAUUUUUUUCACUUCGAGUGCGUUUUGUCAAUUUGACGUUUAGGAAAUUGGAUAAACUAGUAGUAGAAUGAAAAAAAAAACCAUAUUUGGAGACUUAUGAACGCGUGGAUUUUUUAUGUACUUCAAUACCUUCAAUGCUUAUUUUCAAUUUUGAGUAGACUUAAUAUAUUAGGGUAGAAGAAAUAUGUAGAAAAUGGACUGAGUAGGACCAUUGGACUUCAAAUUUGUACAGUUGUGUGUGUACAUAGACAAGUUACUCUUAAUGAAGGGUGUUUAAUUACUGUUAUUACUAUAUAUUUAAAUGAUGUGAUGAUCAGUGUGAAAAAUUAUUUUGUUAAGUAUACAGGGUUAUUUGUUAUGUGUUGAAUUCGGCAGUGCCGAGUGUUUUAGAUAACAUAAAAUGAACAUCGAGAGAUAGGAUCAGAGGCCAGAAAAUAUGUGAGAAAAAGUAUAGGAAAUUUUUGAAAACUCCAUUCGACUUUUUUAUGAAACCAUUUCUUCCUUUGAAGCAUUGAGUUAAAAAAAAUCUUAGAAUCAGAAAUAGUCCCAGGAUGGGUUUUCGAAAGGAUCUCAAUUUGGAAAGGAAUAUUUAUUUGGUUAUUCUUUCUUUCAUUUCCGAAUUAUUUACAAGUUUUCUAGAACAAGAAGCUUUGUCUGACUAGGUAUGGAGUAUCAUACUGAAUAAUACUCAAUUUGUUAGGCUCCAAAAAGGAUAAUCCUUGUUAUGAGUGUUUUUUAGCCCUUGAUCUACGUGAUCAACUCUCGAAAAAACAGUUCAACUACAUCCGGUUGUAUUUGGAUGUAUGUAUAUUUGUUGGGUUCACUAAAUGUGUGCUCAUUUUGUCUCUUAAAAUCAAUACUGUGCUCAUAUAGUGAUGCAUAAUAAGCAAUAUUGUAAAUUUUUAUCGUUAAGCAUUUGACUUACUAUAUUCGACCUUCGAGCGAAGAAAUUUGUUCCAUAUCAUUAUAUUUACUAUAUCAUAUAUCAAUGUAAAAAUAUAAUGUAACUAGUUGAAACAUUUUUCAUAUAUUUACAUAAUCGAUUACGAUUAGAUCAUUGUUCCAUCAACCCUUUAAUUUUUGGAAUGAAUGUUACUUUUGACUUUUUAAUUCACGCAUUUCUACUGUUGAAAUGUUCAAAACACUUCCUUCGGAAAAAUGUCAAGAGUAACACCCAAAAAAUUUGACAUAAGUGAAGAGAUGGCCUAGACCGCUUUUCUCUAUAAGUUAUUUCAUUGUUACUCAUUUAUUGAAUCGAAACUAUUAAUUUAUAUGUGAAUAAUUAUAUUACUUAUUUGAUUCCACUUCAGUGUGAUCACUCUUCAUUUCAUUCUUGGAGUUCUCCAAAAAAAAAUAUAGCACUUUCAACUCGAAAAAAACUGAAUAUGCUCAAAUAUAACCAUUAUUUUCUAUUUUUUAUAUGAUCUGAGAAAUGUGGAUGGAAUUUAUUUUAUGUUUCGAAAUAUUGGAACACACAGAAGAGGAAAUAUAUGAUAAGAAAUGGCAAUGUCAUUAAUGAAGAAAUCCAAAAUUCAAGAUCAAUUCAUUGAAUUUAUAUUGUGAAUUGUGUUUUUUUUUUUUCAUUAUUCGAAAUUCGAAAUCUCGCCUUUUUUGACAAAAUUUGAGAACAAUAAUUGCCAAAAAUGUGCAUUCAUGUGAUAAUAGUUUAGUUUUCAACCUUAAUUACAUGUAGAAAUUGUUAGAUAGGUUAAUAAUUUAAGAAUAGUAUUGCAUGAAAUUAUUUGAUACAAUUGAUGAGAAAAAUUGAUAUGAAGAAAAUUCAAGGCUCAUUAAAAUUUCCUAAUUCUAAUAAAAAAAUCACAUAUCAAAUUGUUCAUCGAAAUUGUACGCUUUCACUGUUUCAGAUAUGUUUAGUUUCAUACUAUGUUUCUCUGCAGGCCAUCAUUUCUCCAUGUAAUUCAAUGUACGAACUUCUCAUGUAAUAGUAUUUCUCAUUUGUUUAAUAUAAUAACAAAGCUCCAA